AUGAAUAACCAGCAUAGUCCAAUGUCAAAUCCUGUCGGGAAAUGGCGCUAUUCUAUCACAAAUUCGGGUUCCAUAGACGCAACUGUCCAGGUCCAGGUCUCUUCUCGACCCGCUUCAGACGCCGCGCCCAUUGUGCUGAGGGCCAGUGUUAGCAGUGAUACUGUAGAUAUUGCAGAUCCCAGUUUGUCUCGCAUUGCCAUAUACGGAGAGGUUAGUCAAGGCUACACACCGAUAGUUGGCGCCACUGUGGUGGCUUAUGUUGACACAAGUACUGGUACCCACACAUUGCAUCUGCUUGAUAACGGUGCAGGUGCGGAUAAUACCAAGAACGAUGGCAUUUACACGGCAUAUUUCCUAAAAUUUGAAGCCAACGUGACGCAUUCUGUGCGAGUUGUAGUGAGAGGCGAAGACGGCGUCUCAGUUAAGUCUGUGACUGGUGGACAAAAAGCCCUACCAAUGGUUACCAACACGGCUGUAGCAAACGCCCACAAUUUUGAAAUCACAUACAAACCAAUAGACCCAUUCAUGCGUUCCGAUAGCGGGGGACUAUUUACCGUCAAAAAUCUUCCAAUUUUUACGCCCGGCUCAGAGCCACCAGAUCUCUACCCUCCUGGCAGAAUCUACGACCUGACAAUGGAAGCAGUUAAUACUGAUAAUAAAACUGUGACACUGUCCUGGACAGCCACUGGUGAUGAUCUAGAUCAGGGCAAUGCGUCCAGCUACGACAUCCGAUACAGCACUUCAGUAUCGGAUAUCCGGUAUAAUUUUAUGAAAUCGAAUAAGUUUCUUGAUGACGAUCUUCUUCAAGGAAAACUUGGCUCUCCCUUGCCAGCAGGCGGAGUGGAGACUUUCAUUGUUCAAUUCAACCUUACAGUUGAUCACAACAUCACGUAUUUCAUUGCGUUAGUGGCAACGGACGACAGAAAUCAAUCAGGACACGUUUCAAAUAUCGUGUCGGUCUCUUUUGUCUACAUGAACCCAUUUUCUUUUGCUGAUCCAGUGAUAAGCACUGAAUCCGAAACGAGUGCUGUGGAUACAACGACUAAACUUACAAUCCCAAAAAGCAAGCCAUUCCCCGAGGAGUUGAACGUCACUGGUUAUAUCAUAGCCGGUGUUGCCGUUGUGGUUAUAAUUAUCACAACUGUUGCAAUAGCACUACAAAGGCAAAAUCUACUGAAGGGGUAA